AUGAAAACGAGUCUGUUUGGUGUCUGGGCCCUGCUGGCCUUGAUUCUUUGCCCAGGGGCCCCAGAAGAGUUGUUUGAGGUUUCUGUUUGGCCAAAUCAGGCCCUGGUGGAGUUUGGACAGUCCCUAGUGGUCAACUGCAGCACUACCUGUCCAGACCCAGGACCCAGCGGAAUUGAGACCUUCUUGAAGAAAACUCGGGUAGGCAAAGGGCCUCAGUGGAAAGAGUUUCUUCUGGAGGAUGUCACAGAGAAUUCCAUCCUGCAGUGCUUCUUCUCUUGUGCAGGGAUUCAAAAGGACACAAGCCUUGGCAUCACUGUGUAUCAGCCACCAGAGCAAGUGAUUCUGGAGCUGCAGCCUGCCUGGGUGGCUGUGGAUGAAGCCUUCACAGUGAGGUGUCAUGUGCCCAGAGUAGCACCCUUGGAGAACCUCACCCUUACCCUUCUCCAGGGUAACCAAGAACUGCAUAGAAAGAACUUUAUGAGCUUGGCUGUGGCCUCCAAAAGAGCUGAGGUCAUCAUCCAUGUCAGAGCCCAAAGGGAAAAUGACAGGUGCAGUUUUUCCUGCCGUGCAGACCUGAACUUGAGUUUGCAAGGUGGGAGGCUCUUUCAAGGCAGCUCACCCAUCAAAAUACUCCGCAUCUUUGAAUUCUCUCAGAGUCCCCAGAUCUGGGUCUCUUCCCUUUUGGAGGUUGGAAUGGCGGAGACUGUGAGCUGCGAGGUGGCUAGGGUGUUUCCAGCUGAAGAAGUUAUGUUCCACAUGUUCCUGGAAGACCAGGAGCUGAGCUCCUUCCUUUCCUGGGAAGGGGACAUAGCACGGGCCAAUGCUACCAUUCGGGCCAUGGAGGCUGGUGAUCAGGAGCUGUCUUGCUUUGCAUCUCUGGGUCCAAUUGAACAGAAAACAAGAAAGCUAGUGCACAGCUACAGGUUCCCUCCACCAAUCCUGGAGCUAAAAGAAUCAUACCCAUUGGCAGGGACCGACAUUAAUGUGACCUGCUCAGGGCAUGUAUUAACAUCACCCAGCCCUACUCUUCGGCUUCAAGGAGCCCCAGAUCUCCUUGCCCCUGGGGAGCCUGCCUGGCUUCUAUUUACUGCCAUGGAGGAAGAUGAUGGCCGGAAUUUCUCCUGCGAGGCCUCUUUGGAGGUGCAGGGUCAGCGGUUGAUGAAAACCACUGUGAUCCAGCUCCAUGUUCUAUACAAGCCACGGUUAGAGGAAUCUGGUUGCCCUGGCAAACAGACCUGGCUAGAAGGGAUGGAACACAUGCUUGCCUGCAUCCCAAAGGGAAACCCAGCUCCAGCCUUGGUGUGUACCUGGAAUGGGGUGGCCUUUGACUUUGAAGUGCCACAGAAGGCAACCCAGAACCACACAGGAACCUACUGCUGUACAGCCACUAACCAGCUGGGCUCUGUCAGCAAAGACAUUGCUGUCGUUGUUCAAGGACUGGAUCAAGGAAUCAGCUCUACCAUCUUUGUCAUUAUUACCACUGCCCUUGGAGUGGGUGUCAUCACCAUAGCACUGUAUCUGACCUAUCGGCCCUGCAGAAUGGACAGGAGGAGAUUGCUCUAUAGGCAGAAAGAGGAGGAUGAAGAGGAGGAAAGCCAGUUUGCUGUUCAGCAAGAGAAAAGUACAACUCAUAUAAUUGACAGCCGUUUGGUUGAAUGA